UUGGGAUAGACGCAACUUCGGUCCGUUCGCGGAGCGAAGGAGACGCACACCGAAAUAACACCAAUGGCUGCGAUUGUAUUCACUGCGACUUUUGCGCUAACAAUUUGGAUAACGACUUUCGCAUUAUCCGCACGGGUCUACCCUCCUAAUGAAGUGACGCUGCUGGACUCGAGAACUGUACAAGGCGAACUGAAAUGGGUUGCAAGUCCCACGGAAGGAGGGUGGGAAGAGGUGAGCAUCAUGGAUGAGAAGAAUACGCCGAUCAGGACAUACCAGGUAUGCAAUGUUAUGGAACCCAACCAGAACAACUGGCUCCGGACAGAUUGGAUCCCUCGUGGUGGAGCCCAGCGCAUCUACAUUGAGAUCAAAUUCACACUACGUGACUGCAAUAGCCUGCCCGGAGUCAUGGGAACCUGCAAGGAGACCUUUAACCUCUACUACUAUGAGUCCAACAAUGACAAAGAGAGGUACAUCCGAGAGAACCAGUUCACCAAAAUCGACACCAUUGCGGCCGAUGAGAGCUUCACGCAGGUGGACAUAGGAGACCGCAUUAUGAAACUGAACACGGAAGUGCGGGAUGUGGGAAUUUUGACGCGGAAAGGCUUCUAUUUGGCCUUCCAGGAUGUCGGGGCCUGCAUUGCUCUAGUGUCCGUACGGAUCUUCUAUAAGAAAUGCCCCCUCACCGUACGCAACCUGGCCCAGUUUCCAGACACCACCACAGGGGCGGACACCUCAUCUCUAGUGGAGGUACGUGGAUCUUGCGUGGACAAUUCGGAAGAACGGGAGGUCCCCAAAAUGUACUGUGGAGCAGAUGGAGAAUGGCUGGUGCCUAUUGGAAACUGUUUGUGUAACCCUGGCUAUGAGGAACAUGGUGGAUCUUGCCAAGCUUGUAAGAUUGGUUACUACCGAGCGUUAACUACGGAUGACAGCUGUUCGAAGUGUCCCCUGCACAGUUACUCUGGGAGGGAGGGAUCUACUUCCUGUGUCUGUGACAAAGGAUUCUUCAGGUCUGAGACGGAUCCUGCUUCCAUGCCCUGCACACAGCCCCCGUCCGCUCCUCAGCACCUGAUUUCCAAUGUGAACGAGACUUCUGUAAAUCUGGAGUGGACAGCCCCAGCUUCAUCCGGUGGCAGGCAGGACCUUGCUUAUAAUGUUAUAUGCAAGAGGUGCAGCUCAGACAGUCAGCGCUGUCAGUCCUGCGGCAAUGGCAUUCAUUUUUCACCACAACAGCUGGGCCUGCGAGCCACCCGGGUGUCCAUAAAUGACCUACAGGCUCACACCAACUACACCUUUGAGAUUUGGGCCAUAAACGGUGUAUCCAAGCAAAGCCCCGGACCAGAACAAGCAGUUUCUGUGACUGUUACCACCAACCAGGCGGCUCCCUCUCCAGUUACCACCAUCCAGGCCAAGGACAUCACCAGACAUGCUGUGUCUUUGGCAUGGCAACAGCCCGAAAGACCCAAUGGUGUCAUCCUUGAGUACGAGGUCAAGUACUAUGAAAAGGAUCAGAAUGAACGGAGCUAUCGCAUAAUGAAGACCUCAUCCCGCAGCGCUGAGAUCAAAGGCCUGAGCCCACUCACUUCCUAUGUGUUUCACGUGCGCGCUCGGACAGCCGCUGGCUACGGAGACUUUAGCGCCCCCUUCGAGUUCAUGACCAACUCAGUUCCUUCUCCUAUCAUCGGAGACGGUGCUAACUCCACCGUCCUGCUGGUGUCUGUGAUCGGCAGCGUGAUUUUGCUGCUCAUCUUCAUCGGAGUCUUCAUCAUCAGCCGCAGGAGAAGCAAAUACAGCAAAGCCAAACAGGACUCUGAUGAGGAGAGGCAUUUGCAUCCAGGGGUCCGGAUCUAUGUGGACCCCUUCACCUACGAGGACCCCAAUCAAGCCGUCCGUGAAUUCGCCAAAGAAAUCGAUGCCUCCUGCAUCAAGAUUGAAAAGGUCAUCGGCAUCGGAGAAUUUGGGGAGGUGUGCAGCGGGCGGCUGAAGAUGCCUGGAAAGCGAGAGAUCUGUGUGGCCAUAAAAACCCUCAAAGCAGGAUACACUGACAAACAGAGGCGGGACUUCCUGAGCGAGGCUAGCAUCAUGGGCCAGUUCGACCACCCCAACAUCAUCAGAUUGGAGGGAGUCGUCACUAAAUGUAAGCCAGUUAUGAUCAUCACUGAGUACAUGGAAAAUGGAUCCCUGGAUGCUUUUCUCAGGAAAAAUGAUGGUCGGUUUACAGUAAUUCAGCUGGUUGGCAUCCUGCGUGGUAUCGCUUCAGGAAUGAAGUAUCUGUCUGACAUGAGCUACGUCCACCGUGACCUGGCAGCACGCAACAUCCUGGUUAACAGUAACCUGGUGUGUAAGGUGUCUGACUUUGGCAUGUCUCGAGUUCUGGAGGAAGACCCAGACGCUGCUUAUACAACCAGGGAAUUAACAGGAACCUAUCAAUCACAGGGAGGCAAGAUUCCAAUUAGGUGGACCGCCCCUGAAGCUAUUACGUACAGAAAGUUCACUUCCUCUUCCGACGUGUGGAGUUAUGGCAUCGUCAUGUGGGAAGUGAUGUCAUACGGAGAGAGGCCGUACUGGGACAUGAGUAACCAGGAUGUGAUAAAGGCAAUUGAGGAAGGUUACAGGCUGCCACCACCAAUGGACUGUCCAGUUUCUCUGCACCAGUUGAUGCUGGACUGCUGGCAGAAAGAGCGAGCAGAGAGACCAAAGUUUAGUCAAAUAGUCAACAUGCUGGACAAACUGAUCCGUAACCCCAACAGCCUGAAAAGGACGGGGGGAGAGAUGGCAAGACCCAACACCACCCUCCUGGAGCCCAGCAGUCCAGAAUUCACGUCUACCCUUGGCACAGUUGCCGAUUGGCUGCAAGCCAUAAACAUGGAGCGUUACAGGGACAACUUCACCGCUGCUGGCUACACCACCCCAGAAGCAGUGGUACAUAUGACACAAGAAGACAUGGCUCGGAUAGGAAUCUCCUCUUCCACACACCAGGAAAAGAUCCUCAGCAGCGCACAGGGAAUGCUGUCCCAGAUGCAACAAAUGCAAGACAGGAUGGUUCCUGUCUGAACACGGGAUCAGAACACAAACUCAAAACAUACUUUGGACUUAGUUUUUUUUAUUAUUUUGGUUUCUAAGAAAAUCCAUUUACCUCAUCCAUGCACUUUAAAUUAAAAUUUUAGAAAAUGAACGAAAAAGAAAACAAACAGAAAAAUAUUUCAGAGGAAUAAUACAGCACUUUCUUUCAAUAACGUCAUCCCUGCCCAUCAAGAGGAUUGCCCCACGCUGUACUAAUACUCUGGAUACAAUUUUAGGAAGCUUUUCAUGGGUUCCUUCAUUUUAAUGACACUACAAAGGAGUUUCUCUGUUUUGUUUUGUUUUUUCGAUUGUUUUUUUUUUGUAUGUAUGUGUCUGUAAGUACUGUAAAUUUAUAAAUAGUACUGAAAUUUUCAUCCGCUCCUGCCAUUUCACGGUUACUAGAGUCAGCGGCACCUGGAUUUUUUUUACACUCAAAACAGAGGCAUCAGAGAUAAAGAUUUUACACGCUUGUUAAUGCUUUUGUUCUGGGGAUUUCGGAGAGGCGUUCAUCUUCACAAUGUCCACAAUGGAAGACAUCUCCCAGCUAGUUCUGGAGGGUCUCCAGGUCACCCACCCCUUCUGAAUGGAAUAUCUGUCUCCACUCUGCAAUUCUCCAUACUUCUCCACUUGGCUGGGAACUCAUGCACACCAGUUGGAACAGAAAAUACUGCCCUCGGUUUACAUCUCUCUCUCUCCACCUCGGUCUCCACGGUCCCCCUUUUCUCACUCUCCUGUUCCAUCUAUGUCUCCUCACUCUUGCCCUCAUCUCUUUGUCUCGGGAGACUUUUGGCGGGCCGUGAAAUCAACACAUGUCUCCCUUACUGGAAGUUCCAUCAUUGCUGAGCUAAGAGUCACCUUCAUACAUCUGCUCCACAGAGAUAUCCUCUUUCAAACUCAGCACAGUUGCAAUAACUACAUUUAUCCAACUCUAGGACAAAGGACUUAAAUUCCCAUGAUUCCCGCCGAAUGCCAAACUUUUCCGCAAUGGGAAAUUGGAAGCAAAUGACAAACAACCCUGAAGAGCAUGCAGGGCCCUUCGGUUGUCUCUUAAGAGAUUCAGUGAGGAAUUACAAUGAAUUUUUUUUUCAUUUUGUCUCGCUAGUGCAGUGUCGACAUUUUGACAGAAUAUCUUCAAGCUCUUCGUUCUCAGUGCAGUGUUUGUUUUCUCUUUAAUGGAUCACAGUUUGUUUUGAGAUGCAUACACAAAGGACAAAAACUCAUUACGUGUGCUAAAACUACAGAACUCUUAAGUUGUUGCUAAUCGCUGAAGAAAAAUAUACUGGAGUUGUUUGCUUUGUACACCACUGCUGUUCUUUGCUUCUUACGCCAAGACUGGGGAUUGCAACUAAAACAUGGCACGUUUAUUUGGGCCAUUUGACUCGAACAGGAAUGAGUUGCACUAAUUUGAAUGGUCUGAAAGUGGACUGCAAGGAGAGGCACGUUAUUUGUACCUAAAAUAAACUUAUUACAGGAAUGUUUAUAACAAAGGGGGGAAAACUCUUAACAUUUCAAGUGUGCUCUGUUUCACAUCAACCUGAUUCAUUCCGUCCAGUUCGAGAGACUCUUUAAUCCAAGUUUUUUUUUUUAAUGUGAUGCAUUCUCAUCUGAAAAGCCUCCGCUCUGCCCUUGAAUAUAUUUCUUUCUUUUUGUCAUUUUUUGUUUCAUCCAUCUAUAUUCCCUCCUCACUGUUUGGUGUCAGCCUUAUAGGACCUGUUUGGAAUAUGCAAUGAAUGUGAGAGGAGAGAAAUUCAAUAGAUUGUACCGUGCCAAGUCUCUUAAUGUAGUUUAUUCUGGAGGAACACUCUAACAAGUCAUUUUUCUCAGCUGAUCUAGAAUUUAAGUUUAACAUUGUGUGUAAUUGUGUGAAUACUGUCAUUGUUUUCCCUUGCUUCCAUUUUUAUUUCAUAAAUGUAGGUACAUGAAACGUCAUUUAUUUAUGGUCUUUUUUUAUCUAGUUUGUAAAUUGUAAAAUAGAGCUAUGAGAGAAAUAAAUGAUUGCCAAGUGCAUUG